GUGCCACCGUUCCCGGACCCCAAACGCCGCCGCGGCGACGGGGAGGGCAGCGCCGGCGGCCUCUCCCCCCGCUCCCCUCUCGCUGCCGGCGGGGGGCUCGGCCAGGCGCGGCGACGGGGCCGCGGCCCCCGGGGCAGGUGCGUCCCCUCGCGGUCUCCGGCCGCCGCGACGCCGCACCGAGGGGCGCGGAGCCCCGUGCCCGCCGCGGCCGCCCGCUCACCUGCCGCCGCCGCCGCCGCCCGGGUACGCGGCGCCCGGGAGAUGCAGGGCGCCCCGUCCCGGCGGCCGGCUCUGCGGGGGCUGCCCCAGCCCCGCCGCCGCCGCCCGCAGCCCACCAUGACCGGGCCGAGGCUGGCCCUCGCCGCCGCCCUCCUCUGCAGCUGCACCUCGCCGGUGGCCGACGCCAACUCCUGGUGGUCUUUGGCCAUGAACCCCAUCCAGAGACCUGAGAUGUACAUCAUCGGCGCGCAGCCGGUGUGCAGCCAGCUGCCGGGGCUCUCCCCGGGGCAGCGCAAGCUCUGCCAGCUCUACCAGGAGCACAUGGUGUUCAUCGGGGAAGGGGCCCGCAGUGCCAUCAAGGAGUGCCAGUACCAGUUUCGGCAGCGGCGGUGGAACUGCAGCACGGUGGACAACACCUCCGUCUUCGGGAGGGUCAUGAAAAUAGGGAGCAGAGAGACCGCUUUCACCUACGCCGUCAGCGCUGCCGGGGUGGUGAACGCCAUCAGCCGGGCUUGCCGUGAAGGAGAGCUCUCCAGCUGUGGCUGCAGCCGGACCGCCCGGCCCAAGGACUUGCCCCGAGACUGGCUGUGGGGUGGCUGCGGGGAUAACGUGGAGUAUGGAUAUCGAUUUGCCAAGGAGUUUGUGGAUGCCAAGGAGAGGGAGAAGAACUACGUGAGAGGUUCAGAGGAGCAGGCUCGCAUGCUGAUGAACUUGCAGAACAACGAGGCUGGUCGCAGGGCUGUGUACAAGCUGGCGGACGUGGCCUGCAAGUGCCACGGCGUGUCGGGCUCCUGCAGCCUGAAGACCUGCUGGCUGCAGCUGGCUGACUUCCGCAAGGUGGGCGACCUGCUGAAGGAGAAGUAUGACAGCGCUGCCGCCAUGAGGAUCAGCCGCAAGGGCAAGCUGGAGCUGGUGAACAACCGUUUCAACAUGCCGACGCAAGAGGACCUGGUCUACGUCGACCCCAGCCCGGACUACUGCCUGCGCAAUGAGACCACCGGCUCGCUGGGCACGCAGGGCCGCCUGUGCAACAAGACCUCGGAGGGCAUGGAUGGGUGCGAGCUGAUGUGCUGUGGCCGGGGUUACGACCAGUUCAAGAGUGUCCAGGUGGAGCGCUGCCACUGCAAGUUCCAUUGGUGCUGUUACGUCAAGUGUAAAAAGUGCACAGAGAUCGUCGACCAGUACGUCUGUAAAUGAAAAGAGCCACCAAAGCGACAAAUCUAUAUUAUAUAAAUCUAUAUAAAUAUAUUUUAUAUUUGUAUAAAUAAACAGAUGAUGAUAAUAAUUAAAGAAGCUUAUUUAAGAGACA